UUCGUCGUGAUCUAAUCGAUAUUUCCAUCUCAAGUCUGCAGAGUUUUGAGGUUAAAUUCGUGUGCGAAGCGCCUCCGAGUAAAACAAAUAAAAAGUAACAAACGUUCAAAUCUAAAUUGCAUAACUAAUUGUGACAAAAGUGCACUACAACAGUACGACAUACAUACUUACAAGAUUUGUUUUCGUCCGUAAUUUCACAUUUUAAAGCCUUGAAUCGAGUCACAUACAGCUCACAGCGUCUGUGUGUUGGUACACCGACCAAUGAGCAUGCGUAUAAUAUGAAUUAGAAAGACCGUCAACUUUGAAUAUAACGCACGCCAUCGGAAUCACCAUUCAAUAUUUAAAUAUAAAGCAAGAUGACGAUUUCGGUAAAGGAAGAGUUCAAACGAACAUGGGUCAUCUCCACUCUGGGCGCAAUUCUUACAGUCGGCGGAAUCUGGUUGUUAAUUUGGAAUGAAGGACGGGCCGUACACCACGGCAACUCAUUGGAUGAAGCUUUUAACAACGUGGUCCCUUUGAACAUCUACGAGCCUGUACAAGCAGAACUAGACGGAAGAUUAGUCCACAUCAGUGGAAAUCUCCUGAUUGAUGAACCCCUAACCGAACCGGAGUAUACCAUCGCAAUACAAGCAGUGAAACUGAAACGUCGCGUUCAGAUGUUUCAAUGGGUUGAGGAGAGGGUGCUGAGCAAUUAUGCGGAUACAGAUGCGCAAUAUUCAGAGAGCGCUCGAAAUCGAGAUGAUUCAGAUUAUUACUACGUCACCGAAUGGAGAGAUAAGCUUGUCGACAGCAGCAGUUUCUACAUACGGCAUGGACACCAAAACCCCAAAGAAAUGAUGCUCAAGUCACACAUCUACAUCUCGCCUUCUGUUCGCGUUGGAGAACUGACGAUAGGAUCGGAAAUCAAGGAUAAAUUCAACGACUAUCAGGAGAUGACCAGCGACGAGCGACCGGAUAGAAGAGAUAUCAAACUGCAUCUCGGAAUUUAUUAUCAUUCGCAUGACGUGUGGAAACCGGAAGUCGGAGAUAUUCGCGUUCAGUUUUACUCAGCAGGUCAUAAUGGUGACCCGGUGACCAUUGUGGCAACAAAAGACGGUAACUUGGUGCCUUUCACCACCUCGAAAAAUCACCAGAUUGCGUUGUUACGACACGGCUUGUUCAAUAUUAAACAAAUGUUCGAUUAUGAACAUUCGGAUGUUCGUUUCGAGACAUGGAAAAUGCGUAUCGCGGGUGUUUUCGUCCUUUAUGCUGCCAGUGUUUUUCUAGCACCAGUAAUUAGGGCUUUCACUGUGAAACUACCGCGGCAUUUGGCGCUCGCUGAAAUUCCGCCUUCAACUAGCUUUACGAUCGCGUUUUCCGUUGCACUUUUCGUGCUUUCCACAGCGUGGAUCGCUCAUCGUCCAUGGAUCGGAGUCGGGCUUUGCACAGCGUCGUUUAGCCCUUUGAUAUAUACGCUGAUGUCGAUUUACGGGCGCUGA